AUGGCUCUCAGAGAUGCCAAUCCGAACACGGCACUGAACAUGACCCGGACACAGCGAGACUGGAUCCGCGCGCAUUCAAAAGAACGUUUGGAUGCUGUUGACAUCGCCAGCCGUCUCAUGCGGAAAGACAACUAUCUCAUCGCCAUGAUCAACAAGGACGUUCUGGACAUGACCUUACCAAUCCCGUUCAUGCAAAACCGUCAAUUCUUUUCCGGAACGCUCCAGUGGUGGCUUUACUUCAGCGUCAUUGACCUUAUCUUUGACCAAAGUGGCCAAGUCAACCAAGAGUUUUUGAAAGCAGAUCGACGAGGCUUGCUCAGCCGCUAUCAGACGGUGAUUCAUCUACUCAAUUAUUACAAUGAGUACAAGAAAAACUCGGCCACGCUCGGUGAUCGCCGUUAUACAGCCUUGGCCAGAUGGAAAUUCCGCGAGUUCAACGAACUACCCCAUCUAUUUCAAGAACGAAUCAAUAUGUCAUACCCAUUUGCAAGCCGAUAUAUCGACCAAUUUCCGAAGCGGCUCGUAGAACAAGUAGCAAGGUCUGUUACCUUCAUGUCUGGCGCCAUUACCUUCACACUCGCCGCAGCUUCAUUCCUCGACCCGGAGCUAUUCCUUGGGUUCGAAAUCACCAAGGACAGGACGGCGCUGUUCUACAUCGGAGUUUUCGGCACCAUUUGGGCUCUCGCCAGGGGUAUGAUAUCAGAGGAGACUACAGUUUUCGACCCCGAAUUUGCGCUGAAGGGCGUCCUGGACUUUACUCAUCAUAUGCCAGACCAUUGGCAUGGGCGACUUCACAGCUUUGAUGUGAAGCAAGAGUUCUCCGAACUCUAUAAGCUCAAGGUCGUGAUUCUCGCGGAAGAGAUCCUGGGCAUCUUCCUAGCAUCGUUUGUGCUGCUUUUUUCCGCCCCCAAAAGCAGUGACCAAAUAAUCGACUUCGUUCGAGAAUUUACGAUCCAUGUCGAUGGGUUGGGGUACGUAUGCUCUUUUGCCGAAUUCGACUUUAGGAGAGGCCUUGGGAAUCAAAGACCCACAGCUGGAGUCGAAGACGUCCGCGAGGAUUAUUACACAACCAAGCAUGGUAAGAUGGCUGCAUCAUAUUACGGGUUUCUUGAGAACUACGUGAUCAACCCCAAGACGGGCAUGCCGGGUGGCCACGUGCCGCCUAGCAUGCGGCAGCAAUUUCACCCGCCCCCGGCGUUCCCAGGGCUCAACUCUCCGAAUCUGGUAGCCGAGAUCCCGGGUUCGCGAGAGGGGCGAGGCGAAACAGGCCGCAGCCGUGGCCUUCAAGGGGGCCUGGGCCAUCCGGCGAGGACGCCUCGAUUCGGAGCGUCCAUGACAGCACCUUCCCCCAUGGCAUCGAUGCUGCUCGACCCUCAUCACCAGCCUUCAGGUACAAACCUAAAUGUGCGAAGCACGUACGGCAUCAAAGGUCGACAGCAUCGUGGCGAACACCCACCAGAGCGUGGUAUCCGCGAAGAGCCCACAGAAGAAGGCUUGAGCUCGCAAUUACAAUCCUAUUCUCAGCGUGAAGAUGAAGAUGAAGCGGGUGGACCGCUUGGCGAGUCGGUUUGGCAGACCUCACCCGCCAAGAACUUGAGUAGGGAGAGUAGCGGGGCUUUGUCGCGGGAGCCAGAUACUGGCGUGCUGGGGUUGAUCCAGCAAUUCCAACAAGCCCAACGCAACAAUAGGCUAGGAGGGGCGUGA